GUGCGCAUGUCUGCGCGCAAUAAACCCAAGCCUUUUUGAAUAAAUACCUCCUCGUGUCCAACAACCAUCAAAUAAUCCACGGGUAGAAGUAUUGAACAAAAUGGAAGCCUCUAAAUUUAUCCGAAUUGGUUUGGUGCUGACCAUUUGUGCUUUUAUAUUUCAACUUAUUGGUUUAGCGUCUCCGUAUUGGACAUUUGCCGAAUCCGAAGGAUAUAAAGGAUACCUUGGCUUAUGGAAAUUCUGCAUUUAUAGCAAAGCGUUGGAUACAAGUCAAUGCACUGAUUGGCCGCUGAUACCAGAUUGGUUAGAAGCUGUAAGAGCCACGAGUAUACUAGGAUCACUCUUAGUGUUAGCUGCUAUUGUAAUGUUAAUUCUGAGAAUGUCUGUCAUGCAAGAUAGGAAUCCAGUCUUGUUUGCGGCAAUAGGAACUACUUUUGUUGGAGCAAUUUCCAUAUUGAUUUCAAUUGCUGUUUACGCCUCAAAAGGGGAUGAGUUGUCUAAGGAGGAUGCGGUAAUCGAGGGAGCCUCAGCCGAUUACCAUUUUGCCUUUGCCUUUUGUAUAUUAGCAAUGUUAGCAGCGCUUGGUGCGGGAGCAAUCAUGAUGAUCGAAGUAGUAAAAGCUUAAACAGCUGUUAAAACUUUUUUAGUUUAAGUAUCAUAAUUGCCGACAGAUUCCUUAUUCAGAAAUUUAUGUUAUUAAAAAACUGCAAAUAUUUAGAAUAUGAAAGAGAAUGGAAAGCAAUAUUACAUAGAACUUAUGAAUUAUAAACCCAAAAUCUACUAUAGUUAUUACUAGAAGUAAAAUAUACAUAGCUGAUUUAUGUUUGAUGUACAUGAUGUGAUUGCCUGUCUGUCUGUAUUUUUUCUUUCGCUUUUUACUUUCUCUAUCAUAUAUAACUCUUUUGCAUAAUAUUAUGCUAUAUAUUAAUUUUUCUUGUACCAUGUAUGUAAAACUGUAAAAGAGUUUCAAUAAAAUGUUUCAAAAAAAAAAAAAAAAAGCUUAAAACUGUGUAAU